GGGACGCCAGGGCGGACGGGGCCGCUCUGGCUGGGGCGCCACCCCUGCGCUCCGCGCACACCCGGAAGCAGCGCGAGACCAGUGGAGCCGGGCGGGCGUGGGCAUCCGAGCCGGGCCAAAGAGGCCAGGAGGCAAGAUGGCGACUGGGCCAAAUGGGCUCGAGGAGUGGGUGGGCAGCGCAUACCUGUUUGUGGAGUCCUCGCUGGAUAAGGUGGUCCUGUCGGAUGCCUACGCUCACCCCCAGCAGAAGGUGGCGGUGUACAGGGCUCUGCGGACCGCGUUGGCAGAGAGCAGCGGGAGCCCGGACGUGCUGCAGAUGCUCAAGAUCCACCGUAGCGAUCCGCAGCUGAUAGUGCAACUGCGUUUCUGCGGGCGCCAAGCCUGCGGCCGCUUCCUCCGCGCCUACCGCGAGGGGGCGCUGCGCGCCGCGCUGCAGGGGUGCCUGGAGGCGGCGCUCACCCUGCAGUCCUUGUCGUUGGAACUGGAGCUGCGCGCUGGCGCAGAGCGGCUGGACACUUUGCUGACCGACGAGGAGCGCUGUUUGAAUUGCAUCUUCGCCCAGAAGCCCGACCGGCUCCGGGACGAGGAACUCGUUGAGUUGGAGAAUGUGCUCCGGAAUCUGACGUGUGGCUCAGGGGUCCAGGGUGGCGACGUGGAGGUCGCUCCAGCCCCCUCGCGGCCCCUGGCACCCUCUCCGUCGCAGGAGAAGCCGCCGCCGCCGCCGCCAUCUGGCCAGACUUUUCUGUUCCAGGGUCAGCCUGUAGUGAACCGGCCGCUGAGCCUGCAGGACCAGCAGACGUUCGCGCGCUCAGUGGGCCUCAAAUGGCGCAAGGUGGGGCGCUCCCUGCAGCGAAGCUGCCGCGCGCUGCGGGACCCGGUGCUCGACUCCCUGGCCUAUGAGUACGAGCGCGAGGGUCUGUACGAGCAGGCCUUCCAGCUGCUGAGGCGCUUCGUGCAGGCCGAGGGCCGCCGCGCCACGCUGCAGCGCUUGGUGGAGGCGCUCGAGGAGAACGAGCUCACCAGCCUGGCAGAGGACUUGCUGGGCCUGGCGAAUCCCGAUGGCGGCCUGGCCUAGGCUGGGUACCAGAGAAAGGGCGGUCGGCCAGUUGCCUAGCCAGGGUUUGGAGCAUCUGGAUGAUCCCAGAUCCCUUCUGCUGCUACUGCUGACCUCCUGUCCAUCCACGGGACUCUGAGACCACACUUAGAACCCUACUUAGCUGAGAUGCUGGAGCUGCUGGGCAGAGUCGACUGCCUUCUCCAGGAGUCAGACAAGCAUCCACCUUGCCUGCUGGGGUGCCACUGAGGAUUCAGCUCCAGAUGUUACAAUAGAGACAGCGUGCAGGGUGACUGGCUGUAGAGGACUGCCUCCCCCUCCCUCACCCCAGAAGAGGGGCUUCAGCCAGCCCUUACCUCCUGACUCAUUGAACAAUUACUCAUUAGGUACCUGCUGUGUCCUAGGCGUCAUCCUGGGUGCUGCAAAUACUGUGGUGAACAAGAUACAGGAACCUACCUACCUGCCCCCAGUUCACACUCAGUGUGGGACUCCAAAUACUAAGCAACAGUAAUAAAAUAUUACCUGUU